AUCACAGCAGGUGAGUAUGUUCAGAUGUCGGGCCGCGCGGGCCGACGAGGCAAGGAUGCAAGCGGCACGGUUAUUCUGAUGGUGGACGAGACCCUCACAGAACAGGCGGGUCAUGCCAUCUUGCAGGGUAAACCGGCACCCCUCAACUCCGCCUUCCAUAUCACCUACAACAUGUUGUUGAAUCUUCUGAGGGUUGAAGAGAUCAAUCCUGAGUACCUAAUGGAACGCAGUUUCUGCCAGUUUCAAAACUACUCCCUUCUCCCCGAACUAUCUGAAGUAACUACUCACUCUCAAAAGGAAAUAGGAUUUCUACUUCAUAUGCGUUAA